AUGUCAACGUCGAAGCGAUCGGUCGCGCUACCGAGCUCGACAGCCGCCGCCACCAAUGCGCAACAAAAGCAACAGCCGAUGGGCACCAAAGGCGCCUCGCUGCCGCCAUUGCCGCGGUCGCAGGUUGCCGAGCACCAGCGCAGCCUGCCAAUCUGGCCUGCACGCGCGGCACUGCUCGACGCCGUCAAGGCCAACCGCACGCUCGUCCUCGUCGGCGAAACGGGCUCUGGCAAGACCACCCAACUGACUCAGUAUUUGUACCAGGCUGGAUACGCAGGGACCCUGGAAAAGCCCCAAACAAUCGCAUGCACCCAACCUCGUCGUGUCGCCGCCAUCAGCGUGGCCAAGCGCGUUGCACAGGAAGUCGGCUGCUGGCUCGGAGACAAGGUCGGAUACACUGUCCGCUUUGACGAUUGCUCAUCAGAGCGCACCCGGAUCAAGUACAUGACGGACGGCAUGCUGCUGCGCGAGGCUAUGAGCGACGACACGCACGCGUUGGAGCAAUACUCUGUCAUUGUGCUGGACGAGGCGCACGAACGCACCCUGCACACGGACGUGCUCUUUGCCGUGGUCAAGGACUUGCAGCGCAAGCGCCAGGACUUGCGUGUCAUUGUCAUGUCUGCCACUUUGGACGCGCAGCAGUUUGCGGCGUACUUUGACGACGCUCGGGUUGUGUACGUUGCUGGACGUCAGUUUCCAGUGGACACGUUCUACCUGUCCAAGUCCACGACAGACUAUGUCGACGCUGCGUUUGUCGCAGUCCUUCAGCUGCACCAAGACGAGCCUCUGCCUGGCGAUGCCCUCGUCUUUUUGACGGGCCAGGACGAAAUCGAGGCCGUCGCGCGCAUGCUGAAUGGAGCGUCGCGACACCUUCCAAUGACGGCCGCAAAGCUGCUCGUGUGCACCGUGUACGCCGCGUUGCCUUCACACCAACAGAUGCUCGUGUUUGAUCCGCCGCCAGCCGGGACCCGGAAAAUUGUGCUCGCCACCAACAUUGCAGAAACAUCCAUCACCAUCCCCGGCAUCAAGUUUGUCAUCGACCCCGGCCUCGUCAAGGCACGCAUCCACAACCCGCGGACGGGUUCGGAUUUGCUCGAGGUCAUUCCCGUGUCCAAAGCGCAGGCCCGCCAACGCGCCGGCCGCGCCGGUCGCGAUGCCCCUGGCAAGUGCUACCGCCUCUACACUGAGCAGACGUUCAACGAGACGCUCGAGGAUGUGACGCAGCCUGAAAUCAAGCGGUGCAACAUGGCCUCGGCCGUCUUGUCGCUCAAGGCGCUCGGUGUGCGCGACCUGCAAAACUUUGACUUUAUGGACAAACCGCCACGAGAUGCACUGAUUGCGGCUCUCGAACACAAUUACGCACUGGGCGCGCUGGGCGAUGAUGGCGAGCUGACCGAACUUGGCCGACAAAUGUCAGAGUUUCCUCUCGAGCCGGCGCUAGCCAAAGCGCUGAUUGCUGCUGCCACUGGCACGGAAAGCAAUAGCAAUGGAAGCAAUAGCGCCUCGCAGCUCGCCAAUGGUGCUGGUGCAUCAUCUUCUGCGACAGCAAAGCAAACACCCUCGGUGCGCGACUCUGCGAUGGUGGAGGUCGACUCGCGAACACUUGCCAAAACCCGACCUGCCGUUGCUCAGAAUGCAACGACCUCGGCACUGCGACGACAGCCCUGUGUGAGCGAGAUGAUUGACAUUGUGUCCAUGCUAUCGACCGAGAACAUUUUCUUCACGCCAUCCGACAAGCGCGAGCAGGCUGAAGCGGCGCGGGCACCCUUCCGAGCACCGGAGGGGGACCACAUCACCCUCUUCAAUGUGUUCAAAGCCUACUUGAAGGCAAAGGGCGAUGCCGAGUGGUGCCGCUCGCACUUUCUCAACCAACGCAGCAUGGCCGCUGCCGAGAGUGUGCGCAAGCAGUUGCGCGGACUGUGCACUCGCCUCGGACUUGCACUCGACUCGUGCGGCGAGCACGACCGCUUCUCCGUUCGCUACGCGCUCCUCUGUGGCUUUGCAUCCAAGACGGCCGUUUUGCAGCCUGACAACUCGUACCGCACGACGACCAGCCACGAGACCGUCCACAUCCACCCGUCCUCGGUCUUGUUCCAGCAGCGGCCACCUCCGCACUGCGUUCUGUUCAACGAGCUCGUUAUGACCAGCAAAACGUACAUGCGCGAUGUGACGGUUGUGGAUCAGCACUGGCUCGCGGAGGCUGCGCCGCGUUUGUUUUCAUCCAAGUGAGGCUGGUGCUUUGCUUGAGUCUCUACUUUGGUUUGAUCCCCCGUUGUACUGUAUUAAUAUUCAUCCAACUUGA